AAAGGAGAAACAAAAGACAUAAACUCAUCUGUUUGUCCAAACAAACAAACAAAAAGACACAAACUCAUCUAGAUUCUCUCACCGGAAACACAACAUGGACUCAUCGACGUUUCUCACCGCCACAAGCUUAGACCAGGGAAAACCAUUUCCGGUUUCGAGAAAACCAUCAAAGCAAAAGAAGAAGACGGGUUCAGCCAACAAAGCCAUCAAAGUGCGUUACAUAUCAAACCCCAUGAAAGUCAAAACAUGUGCUUCCAAGUUUAGAGAGCUCGUACAAGAGCUCACUGGCCAAGACGCCGUCGAUCAACCGGAGCCCGUGUUCUCCCCCUCCACCGUCUCCGACCUCAGCCCUUCCCCGCCGCCGCCGGAGAAUCUUGCGCCACGUGUUCUUGACCAGGAGCCGUUCGAUGAUCGGGUGUGUGAGUACUUUGAGCCGUUGGAUGGUGAAGAGAUGUUUUUGCCUCAGAUGUCGGCAGGUUUUUCUGGAUUUUUUUCUAAUGGGUUUUACAAUGUGAAUGACUUUGGAAGAAUCGAUUCUGUGUGACGAUCUUCAGAGUCUUUAGGGUUUUCAUCAAGUACAUAUAUAAAAAUUAUGAAAUCCAUACAUGAUUUAGCAAAAAAUAAACUGAUACAUGGGUAUAUUAAUUAGUAAGGUUUGUGAAGCAAAUUAUAAGAGUUAAGUCACUUGUAAAAAAAUUAAAUAGAUCUUUUGAUGUAUUUUUUUUUGUUCA